CAUCCAUUUUUUUUCACUUUGCGUGUGUGUGUUUGUGUGUAUGUGUGUGCGUGUCUCUUGUGCAGCCCCAAAGCCUGGAUUUGAGAAAUGAACGCGCAAGUUUAGUUUGAAAACAAACCAUCGCGCUCAGUUUUAGAUUAUUUCCGAGUGUGCGGGAUUUUCCUCUGCGCUUUCAAACACCCACACUAGUUGUUCCCUGUCCGAGAGGCAGCUACGGGAUAUGUGGAGAGGCGGGGACCUCUCUCUUUCCACCUAAAUCCUGGGACCCUGCUGACGCGAAAUGACAUGAAGCAGGACCACGGUUGUGUACGCCACUGAAGUUGCCAGGUUGUGUCGACAUUCCUGCAGUUAUCUGCUGAACUGAGCAUUCACCUCGCCCAAGGCAGUGGGCUUGUCCUGCUGUUUGUUCUCCCCUUUGCCGCACGUGAGCCACUGCAGCCAUCAUGCAGAGUUCAUCGCUUCGCCGGCAGAUGAAAAACAUGGUCAACAACUACACGGAGGCCGAGAUCAAGGUCCGAGAGGCCACCUCCAACGACCCAUGGGGACCCUCUUCCACCCUCAUGGCUGAAAUUGCAGACUUGACCUACAACGUGGUGGCCUUCACCGAAGUCAUGGGAAUGAUUCUGAAGAGGCUGAAUGAUCACGGCAAAAACUGGCGCCACGUUUACAAAGCGCUCACGCUACUAGACUACCUGGUCAAAGCGGGCUCUGAGCGUGUGGUCAAAUCAUGCCGGGAUAACAUAUACACCAUUCAGACGCUUAAAGACUUCCAGUACAUAGACCGAGACGGACAUGACCAGGGUAUCCAUGUCCGAGAGAAGGCUAAGCAACUGGCGGCUCUGUUGAAGGACGACGGGAAGCUGAAGAGUGAGAGGAGCCAGGCACAGAAGACUAAGUCACGGGUAGGGAGAGGCAGCGCUGGACACACAGUACGCCAGAGCCAGGACGACUUCAACAGAUGCAGAUCACCAUCGUAUAACUCCUCCCUUGCAGCCUCCCCUUCAUCUCGACUUGACCCAGACCUCGAACAAGCCAUUCCAGCUUCUAGUGGAGAAGAGGAGCUGCAGCUGCAGCUGGCUCUGGCUAUGAGCCGAGAAGAAAGUGAAAAGCCACCUCCCACAGUGGGAAUUGAUGAGCAGACUCAGCUCCAGAUCGCAAUGAAACUCAGCAAAGAGGAAGCGCAGAAGCCAGUGAAGCGGGCACCCCCUCCUGCUAUGGAAAUGGACGAGGAUGCCGAGCUCCAGUUAGCCUUGAGCCUGAGCAAGGAGGAACACCAGCAGGAGCAGCGCACUCGCCGAGGAGAUGAUUCUGAUCUCCAGAAAGCCUUGGAGGAGAGCAAACGUGAAAUGGAGGGAAAAGGAGGGACGGCCUUCAUGGACCUGGUUGAUAUUUUCGCGGUACCUAAAGAUGCACCGCCUAGUGACAUUCGCUGGAAUAGCACUUCACACCAGGCAGCAACUGGAGCCAGGGCCACAGACCCCUGGGACUCUCUAGAAGACAAGACUCCAAGAGCUGAUUCCCCCUGGAUGGUGCCACCUUCCCAAAGCCCACCACCACCGUGGGAACCUCCAGCGUACCCUUGGGAUGCACUCCAAGACAUCUCCAAACCCAAAGCCCAAGAUUGGACUUCUGCAUCCUCUGGAGUUGAUCCGUUCUUAGCUCCGUCUGACAAAACAGCCACUACAGGAGCAUUUAUGCAACCUCCAUUUCGAAGUGGAAGCCCUUCAGAUGGGGAUCUGUUUGACGAAGCAAUGGAUGGUGGCCAUGCGAGUAUUAACGGUCAAGAUGAGGACAAUUCUGACCUCUUCAAUAUGUCUGGUCUUAGAGACAGCCUUGCCAACACUAAGCCUCGCGCAUGCAGGACACCGGAGUCAUUCCUCGGUCCCACGGCUGCUUCCUUGGUAGACCUUAAUGUGCUCAUUCCAACAAAUCCUCCUGCAAAGACCACAAACCCAUUUUUAGCAGGUCUUAGUGCUCCUUCAGCUGUCAAUCCAUUCCAAGCCGAGCAGCCAAAAGUCAGCCUGAAUGAAAUGAGCUCUAGCUUUGCCUCUCCGGUUUCCCAGAGCACCUCUCUGCCAUACAGUGCCUCACUGCCCCUGCCUACGAGCCAUCAGGGUGCCGCCAUACCUUCGUCACUCACCCACCCCACUCCGCCUGGUCUGGAGCUGCCAGUGAAGCUCCCUGAGCCUUUGUUGCCCUUCUCCUCAGCCAGCAAUGAAGAAUCACAAGCUUCACAAAUCAACAUAAACCCAUUCUUAUAAGGACCCUCCAAACUGGUCUAAAAAAAAGGAGGAAUGCUCUUGGAAUAACGCUCAUUUUGCAAACCAAACCGCAGCCCUAAAGACUUGUCUGAAAAGCGUAUUAUUAAUGGUUUUUAUAUCGUUGUAUACAACAGUAAUGCUUACAUUGUUGCAAGCUAGUCCUGCUGCUCCACUACAACCAAUGAAAGCUGUUGUACUGUUUUUAAUGGGUAACAAUUUCAAACAAAGCAGAAGCACACUUUGAUAUUACUUUGUUGUCCAUGAGCUUUGUGGUUAGUGCUGAGCCUCAGAUCUCUUGCAACAGGCAACACCUGCCCAGUUCCUGAAAUGCUCCUGCAUCAACUCAUUUACCCGAUGAACCUUCUCUGGACCAGAAAUGAUUGGUUUAUUCAAUGUAUAAAUAUAUAAUUUGAAAAUAAUUGUGGGAUUAAACUACCUAUUGUGUUUUGAAUUCCCAAUAUGCAAGAUGGCGUCAGGAAUGUAAAACCAUUUGCUUGUUAAAACACUAACUAAUGAAAUACAGCAGCAAAUCUGCAACCAUUUAUUUUUAUUCAGAAUGAUUUACUCUUAUUUUUCCUCAUCUCCUCUGUUAUCAGAAGUACAUUUAAACAGAAAAUAAUCACCCUAAGUAAAAAACAAGCAAAAAACAGUUGUGAGUCUUUGUUUUGCUUUUACAUGCCAGUGGGUAAAAUCCUGAUAAAACUUAAAGGAACAUCUAAAUCUCAUGUAAAUCUCUCAAUAUAAAAAAAAAUAAAUACAAAUGUACAGAAUUAGUAGCAUCAAUUUAAUUAAAUAAAAGCGCUGCAGAGACCAAUGAAGGAAAAAAUAGUAUAGAUAUUGGCAAAAAAUACAUAAACAUUUAUGCUGUACCCCAAUACUGAUACUGGUAUGUAAACAAGUUGCCACAUAAAUGGGUGCAUCUUACUAAAUUUUAAUAUCACUGAAAAAAAAACAAUUUUAUAAAUUAGAAUAUCAACGAAGCUUAUAUAAAUUUGUUAUACUCAUUAGUAAUUUUCACUGUUUACUUACAGCUAAAGAAAACCUAUAGAAAAAUAACUUUAAAUACAGAAUUACAGAAAUGUAAUAUAUGGACUGGAUAGCUGAUUCAGGAGCUGUGCAACAAACAGUGGCACUCCACCAUGAGUGAACAUAACAAAUGGUAAUUUCUGAAAAGUAGGAAAACUUAAUGGAAGGAAAAGAUUCACUGACCAAGUCCUGACCAUGAGCAGUUUGUUUUAUUUGUUAUAUUAAUUUGGGUUUGCACUAGCUCUUAGCUAGAUUUAACAGAGGAAUAAUUCACGGCCAGGUUUUAAAACAGUCCACUUUCUCCCCCCAAUAAUCCCUUUUUUGUGCUUUAUGUGCGAUUCAAGUCAUUGUUCUGCUGAAAGAACUUAGAUUUAUGCCAGAAACUAAUUUUAGUGAUGAAUCUUCCUCUGCACUUUUAUCCACACCUAACAAAUUAUCCAUUUCAUCCAUAGGCGUACCUUUAUCUAGCUCUGUGUUUUUUAUAGUGGCCUUCAUUUUCUGGCCUAUAAAUAAACAUGAAGAGUUGUACUUUGCUUUCCUCUACACAGCACAUCAUCUCAGAGCCACUGUGACCUACUUCUGACUGUUUCUACAAACAUCUGUACUUCUUUUUGUGUCUUUCUGCAUAAUGGUUUCCUCACUCGUUAGUUGGGAUGUUUUAUAACAGUAUUCUAAUUAUAUGCAAAAUGUGAUAACAUUAAUUUUAUGCAAUCUGUAAUUGCACAAUAAGCUUUUAAUAAUUUGUAAUUCGAACCUCUAGAACCAGUAGUAAACUGUCUUUGCGUAGAGUAUUUUUAUUGAUAAGUCACACUCCUUGUUCUCCCUCAUUCAUAAACCAUUAAAACUUAAGAGAGUUUAAGUCAAACUCA